UUUUUUUGGAGUGAUACAACGUUUAUAUACUUUGUUUUCAUCUUCUACUAAGCGGUGGGAUAUUUUCAAAGAACAUGUUUCUGGUCUCACACUUAAGCCAUUGUCACAAACACGGUGGGAAAGUCAUGUUGAAAGUGUAAGAGCAGUAAGAUUUCAAGCUACAGAAAUAAGAGAUGCUUUAAUUCACUUGGCAAGUAUCGAUGGAGAUCCAAAAAUAAAGAGUGAAGCUGAGUCCUUAGCAACAAAUGAAAUGGAGAAUUUUGAGUUCUUAUUGGGUAUGAUUGUUUGGCACAAUUUAUUAUUUGCUGUUAAUUCUGUUAGCAAAUUUUUGCAAAAGGAAGACAUGCAAAUUGAUAUUGCUAUAGAUCAAUUGAAUGGGCUUAUAUUAUUUUUUGAAAAGUACAGAGAAAAUGGAUUUAAGGAGGCCAUUACUGAAGCUAAAAAGGUUGCAUCUGAAAUGGAAAUUGAAGCUGUAUUUCGUGAAAAGCGUAUCAUUCGCAGGAAGAGACAAUUUGAUGAAAGUGCUACCGAAGAGACAAUAUUAUCUCCUGAAGAAUCAUUUAGAGUUAAAUACUUUCUAUAUAUAGUGGAUCAAGCUAUUUCUUCUCUUAAGAGUAGGUUUGAACAAUUUCGGCAUUAUGGUUGCCUCUGCAGAAAGAAGCUUUUCAAAGUUAAAGUUGAUCAAAUCUUAUCUUCGAUCAACUAUGUCACAAGAAAGAUUGAACGACUUAGCUUUACUGUCAAUUGA